AUUGUGGUGGUUGGUGUCCCUCAGUUUGUCAUUUUCGUACAGCUUGUGUGUUUUUAAUAAGAAUAAGGACAGUAAUGAAUAUAUUUUUUACGAAUGUUAUACUCAACAAAACAACAGUGACAAUAAUGCGUGCCGAACCUUUUAUACCUGACUAAUGAGCAGCUUUGAGUCACCACGGCAUCUUCAGAGUGGUCAUUGAAUAGGGGUAGCGAUGGAGGCUGGGGCGCGCGCUCUGGACGUGCUCCCGCUACUCCAGGAGCGGGUGGCGGCCCUGACAGGAGGUCGCGACCGCCGCGGUGGCCCUAUCAUAUGGUUCCCAGCAAACUCCCGGCGAGACAGAGUCGCGCCAGAUGACUAUAGGCGUUUGCUGCAUUAUUUAAUCAGUAUACCUAGUGAUUCGGUGAGAUCACAUGGAUUCACUAUAUUGAUUGAUAUGAGAGGUUCAGCAUGGGCAGCAAUAAAACCUAUCUUAAAAGUUCUGCAAGAACACUUCCCUUCAUCCGUCCAUCAGGCACUGGUAGUUAAACCUGACAAUUUUUGGCAAAAGCAACGCACAACCAUAGGAGCACAUAAGUACAAGUUUGAGACAACAAUGAUUAGCUUAGAAGCACUGCCUAAAGUGAUAGAUAGUUCGCAACUUACGCCAGAUUUAGACGGUACUCUGCAAUAUGAUCACGCGCAAUGGAUAGAUCUCAGAUUGGCUUUGGAGGAGCUGAUGUGGCAAGCUGGUGAGCUGCUGGACAGGCUAGAUGACCUGCAGGAGGAUGUUGCCAGGGCAGAUUUCGCCGAUGAUGUCACGGGCGCAAGAAGAGCUAUCGACGCGCACGCUGAUAUUAGCAAACGACUCGCCAAGGUCCCCGUCGACGAACUAGAGGGUCAAGGCGAGCGAGUGCUGCAGCGUUUGGAGGCAGCGGAAGCGGUGUGCUCUGAGGCGAGCGGUAGCGGUGGCGAGGCCGCGUUCCACUGCGGCUCGCCCGGGGCCGUGCGCGCGCAACUCUCCGCCGUACGGUCGGCGCACGCGCACGCCCACAAACUCUGGCAGCACAAGAAGAUGCAACUCGACCAGUGCUUCCAACUACGCCUCUUCGAACAGGAUUGUGAGAAGAUGUUGGAAUGGAUCGUGAAUCACCGCACCGCAUUCUUGGCGACUUACGUGGAGAUAGGUCGGUCGUGCGCCGCUGCUAAACGGUUGCAGGAGGAACAUGCCAGGUUUGCAGCAGCGUGUACAGGCGGAGGUCGGCCUAGUGUCGCCCGGGUGACGACGGCAGCUCGCCGUCUUGCCGACAAGCGACACUACGCCGAGUCUGAGAUCUCUGCGCUCGCGCACCGACUCGAACGGGCUUACAAACAAUUGUCGGCUGGUUUGGAAGAGCGGUCCGCGGUGCUAUCGUUGUCAGUGGUGUUUCACCAUAAAGCCGAGGCGUAUGUAUCAGCGGUUGGUGGUUGGGGAGCGCAGUGCGCGGUCGCCCUGCAGCUGGCUACGGGCCAGGGCGGAGCGCCUUGCAACGACCCACGAGCGCUAGAACAACACGCGCAAAGACAUCGCCAGCUCUACGAACACAUGUGCCAAGCCUAUACUGAGGUCCAUUCUACAAGUAAGAAGUUGUUGUAUCAGCUAGAUCAUCUCGUCCAAGUGUGCCAUCAAACCGAUCCUGCUGACAUGAAUGACGGCACAGUGAGCAGUGCGGGGAGCAGUGGCGGCGACCCGGCCGCGGACUACAGCUCCGGCGCGAAUCAUGUGUUGGCCGUCAUACACCAAAUACUGGGGCACCACAGGGCGCUGGAGGCGAGGUACCACCAAGCCAGGCUCAAGCUACACCAGAGGCUUGCCUUGCUUUUGUAUAAAGAAGAUUGUAGGCAGGUGCUCGAUUGGCUGGCAAAUCACGGUGAAGUGUUCUUACAGAAGAACACUGGAAUAGGAAGGAAUCUCCAUAAAGCUAGGGUAUAUCAGAAAUCUCAUGAACAUUUUGAAAAUGUGGCACAAAACACGUACACGAACGCGGAGAAGUUACUGGCGGGCGCUGAAGAGUUGGCGCGGUCCGGUGAGUGUGAUCCUGAGGAGGUGCUGGGCGUGGCGCGCGAACUCGAAGCUCAUGUCGCCGCCUUCGCGGCCCGCGUCGACAGGAGGCGGAGGCGACUCGACCUCGCCGUUCUACUGUAUACACAUGAAAAAGAGCUGCUGCAAUGGCUAGAAACGUUGCGGAGUGGCGGCGGCGUUUGCGCAUCGGACGAUACGCCGGAGGCUGCGAGACGUGCGCUAGACCAAUGCGCACAACACCGCGGGGCGAGCCUUGACGCUUGCGCGGCCACCAUCGCACAGGGAGAGGCAUUGCUGCAGGAUCUACGAUCAUCGGGCGAUUCGGAUGCGGCAAGCACUGCUGCUGUAGAGACGACCUUGGAACGACUUAGAGGCACUCGAGGAGCUCUUGAAGAGCUCUGGUCUGACCGUGAAAGAAGACUCGAACUCACGCUACAGCUUAGGCAUUUCGAAAGGGACGCAUUAGAAGUGUCGUCACGACUGGAGCUCUGGGGCGACGAGCUCCAGAGGACGGAACCUCCUCGGGACCCUCAACAAGCUGAGCAGGCAUUGGCUGCACACAAUGAGAGUGUGGCUAGAAUGCAACAUGCCACCUUUCAGGUGGUUCAGCAAGGUCAAGAGCUUGCGGCGGCUAUCGCAGACGCUUCUGAUGUAAUGGCCUCGAGCGGCUCGGACGGAUCUGAAGCAGCUCCCCUCGAUGCGCAGGCGCGCGUGCAGCUGCUAUUGGAGUUCUUACACGACCGGCAACUUGACUUAGAAGAGCUGGCUGAGGAGAGACGCGCUCGUUUCGAGCAGUGCGUCCAAUUGGGUCAAUUCCAAAAGGACGCAGCUCAGGUGGUUAGUUGGAUUCGAAACGGAGAAGCGAUGCUGGCCGCCUCGUUCUCGAUUCCCGGCACGCUGUCAGAGGCCGAGCAGCUGAAGAGGGAGCAUGACCAGUUCCAAGUGGCUGUGGAGAAGACUCAUGCGAGUGCCGUGCAAGUCAAGUACAGGGCUGAUGCUCUGAGGGCCGCCAAUCACUACGACCCACAUACUAUUCGAGAAAUUUCGGAAGAAGUGACUGAAAGGUGGCAAAGACUGGUGACAUGUGCAGAAGAGCGUCACAAGCUGGUGACUGCGUCGCUCAAUUUCUACAAGACAGCCGAGCAGGUGUGCUCGGUUCUGGACUCUCUGGAGCGGGAGUACCGUCGCGACGAGGACUGGUGCGGCUCCGCAGCAGCGCCGCCCGCUGAUGAACAGACACUCCAGCUAAACAUCGACAAAGCCGCACAGGUGGCUGCAUUAAUAGUGAAGCACGGUGAGCAGAAGGAGGCGUUCUUGAAGGCAUGCACGCUGGCUCGACGUACCGCUGAGACAUUCCUCAAAUACGCGGCGAGAUCUGCCCAAGUACACGGCCAGACCGCCGCCGCCAGCAAAGCUCAUCAUGAACAAACCAGGGCCAUACUUGAUACGCUGCUGGCGCAAGAGAAUAAGGUUCUGGAACACUGGACAGUGCGUAAGAAGCGUUUAGAGCAGUGUCAGCAGUUCGCUUUGUUUGAGCGGUCAGCGCGCGCCGCAGUGGAAUGGAUCAAGGAGACGCAGGAGCGAUGCGGGGCGGCGGCCGCGGCGGCGGCGGGCGGAGUCGCGCGCGAGUCCCGGGAGCGCGUGCGUCUGCUUGCGCAGCUAGCCGACGGACUCGUCGAGAAGGGACACCCACAUGCCGUACAGAUCAAGGAGUGGGUUGCCGCCGUCGAUGCCAGAUAUGCAGAGUUUAGCGGUUCUAUGGAAGAAGGUGAAAGUGAACCAGAAAGUGAUUCGGGCGUGGCUCCUUCCCUAGCGUCAUCUCAAUCUGCGGAAAACGACGCACGCGCAGAGCCGCAACCCACUGCGGUUGGUGAUGACAAACGACGCAGCGCUAGACGCAAAGAGUUCAUAAUGGCGGAGUUACUGCAGACGGAGCGUGCGUAUGUGAAAGAUCUGGAGACGUGCAUCACGUGCUACUUGCGGGAAAUGCGCACAGACCCGGGCGCCGUGCCACAAGCACUGCAGGGGAAGGAGGAAAUAAUAUUCGGCAACAUUGAGGAGAUCCACCGCUUCCACGAGCGGGUAUUCCUCCGCGAGCUGGACAAGUACGAGACGAUGCCCGAAGACGUCGGCCAUUGCUUCGUGACGUGGGCGCGGGAGUUCGACAUGUAUGUGUCGUACUGCCGCAACAAACCCGAUAGUAACGCCGCCGUCGUGCAACACGCUGGAGACUACUUUGAGAGGGUGCAACGCAAGAAGAAGCUGGAGCACCCGUUGGCUGCUUACCUGAUCAAGCCAGUGCAGCGUAUCACCAAAUACCAGCUGCUACUGAAGGAUCUGCAAGCGUGCUGCGCCGAAGGGCAAGGCGAAAUCAAGGACGGUCUCGAGGUUAUGUUGUCGGUGCCGAAGAAGGCCAACGACGCUAUGCAUCUGUCCUUGCUGGAGGGGUGCGACGUACCCACCGACAGUCUCGGUGAGGUUGUCCUGCAGGACUCGUUCCACGUGUGGGAUCUACGACAGAUCAUCAAGAAAGGUCGCGAGAGACGCGUCUUCCUCUUCGACUUACAUCUCCUUCUCGCUAAAGAAGUCAAGGACUCCCAUGGAAAGGCGAAAUACAUUUACAAGACUAAGUUCAUGACUUCGGAGCUUGGUGUGACCGAACACAUCGAGGGAGAUGAAUGCAAGUUCUCAGUAUGGACCGGUCCAGAGCCUAUGGCCUCUGACUGCCGCAUCGUGCUGAAGGCGCCAUCGCUUGAGGUGAAGCAGACGUGGGUUCGGCGACUACGAGAAGUCAUCCAGGAAACCUACUUUAGUGGUGCUCUACAUCAGCCACCCAGAAGCCCAGCGCGACGACCAGCUAGCUCUCAGCGCUCCAGCAGGGAUCUGGACGACACAAUACUUGAUGAAACGACGGAGAAUCUCGAUCGUAAUUCACUCGCGUCUUUCGGCAGCGGGAACACCACCGAUUCGGAUAAGGCCGGUCCAGAAAUGACGUGGGUGCUAGCGGAGCACAAUGCGUCUGGCGCAGGAGAGCUGUCCGUGUCCAAGGGGCAGCAGGUGGAAGUUGUGGAGCCGUGGCAGGCGCGCGCUGACUGGUGGGUGGUUCGCGUGCCGGGCGAGCCACCGCUCGAGGGCGCCGUGCCAUCGCACGUGCUAAAGCUGCAGCCCCACCACCACCCGCAGCAGAAGACAUCACCUUCCAGACGACCACUAAGCCAACCCUGCGAUGAAAAUAUAGAAGCCUCCAACUCGGACCCGGGCGGCAGCGUCAGCGCCGCCAGCCCAGUGAAGCAACGAAAGGCGUUUAGUGGGAAGCGAUGGCUAGGACUACGCAAACAGUCCCAAACCAAGACCGAAAAGGGUGCCAGCGGCGCCCAGUCGCCAGCUACUACUGAUAAACCUGUUCCACUUAAAAAGAUUCCAUCAGACAAGAAGCUUAAGCUGCCAUAUACCGCGGCGGUUAGUGAUAAUGGUCGGACCGAUGACCACGACCCAGGAAAAGGAGUGCCUGGUGUUCUCGAUGAAGCUGAAGAUGAAGCUGCUGACGUAGAGCUACCACCGCCAAUGAAACCGCUACAGAACCCGCAGUCGGUGCUUCAGCAGGCACCGCAGCCUGCCGCCGUGACCGCGCCGCCCGCCGCGCGAGAGCAGCAUGGGGUUGCUUCAUCAUCUGGCAGGAACGGCGAGGAAGAGGAGGCGGGCCCUGUAACACCCGGCCCGAACUCCUACGAGGACAUUCUAAAGAAACGAGAGUACGUGCUGCGGGAACUGGUCGAGACUGAGGAAAUAUACGUGUCCGACUUACGCCUCGUGUGUGAGGGGUACAUGCGCCACGUGCAGGACCCGAAAGCCGAGCCUGGCCUGCCCGAAGGCUUGCGCGACCGUCGUCACCGAAUGAUAUUCGGCAAUAUCGAGGCUAUCUACGAAUGGCAUCGCGAUAAAUUUGUCAGGGAGCUCCAACUCUGCAUAGAGGAGCCCGAGCUGCUGGGGCCGCUGUUCCGCCGAUUUUUGGAGAAAAGGAUGUUUCUGUAUGAAGCGUAUUGCCGAAACAAGCCCGUCUCGGAGUACAUUGUGUCUGAGCACGACAGUUACUUCCAAGAGCUGCGCGUCAAACUCGGCCAGAAGCUGCAGCUCGGUGACCUGCUGAUUAAGCCCAUCCAGAGAAUCCAGAAGUACCAUCUACUGGUCAAGAAGAUACUGUCGUACUCUGAGCAGGCGAACGCUCCGCCGCACGUGAUCGCGGCAUUGCGCGAGGCCGUCGAAUGCACCGAUAUAAUUCCUAAAAACGCCAACAACAUGAUGGAUGUAGGCCGCCUCCAGGGCUUCGCGGGCAACAUAACCGCCCAGGGCAAGCUGCUCAUCCAAGAGCUGAUGACGGUAUCGGACAUAUCCGGCGGUAACGACAAGGGGAAAGAACUCCAAGUGUUCCUGUUCGAGCAGUGUAUCAUCUUUAGUGAGGCUGUGGGCAAAAAAUCGCAGUACAGCAGCCCAACCUACAACUAUAAGGCUCAUAUCCAGGUGAACAAGAUGGACAUGGAAGAGGUGGAGGCUCACGGCGCCUUCAUAGUCCGCACCGAUGACUCCACCAAGCCAAAGGCGCUGUCAUUCAUGUGUCGCCCCUCGGAGGCCACGCGCACCAACUGGAUCUCUACCUUAACUCAUAUCCUAACGCAGCAGAAGAACUUCGGAGACGCUCUCGAGAACCCCGGCGCUUACCUCCGAGAACAGUUAACCCGCGAGCCGCCUCGCGACCCCGCCGCGUAAGUAACUCGCGACUGCUACCCGGACGCUUGAAUAAUACCUGAUAAAACAUGACUUAAUUACUUGGCUAUACUAACAAUUACCGUUACCAUCGCACCCUAGUACAAUAACUGCUACUCAACUAGUUUAGAACUUGUGUAACGUAAUACAUACAACACUUUGUAAUGUACUAACCAAAUAUGCUAUGGGCUUGUAUCAAUAGAUGUACCUAUUAUAUUGUAAUAUCUAACACCUAUAUUAUGUUUAUGGUGCAAAUCUGUUACACUUUACUAUAACAUUCGAAUAAUGUAAAACCGGAGUCAUCUUAUAUGUAUGUCGUCGGCGGCAGGUCAGUUAAGAAAUGUCAAGGUGCCGACAAACUGCUUCGAUAUGGAAAAUGAAAGCUUUACAUCAAUCGUACUUGCCAUAAGCAAUAUAGCGUAGUUUAAAGGCAUCAUUUAGCGGUCAUCGUGUCCCUUUCUUAGGUUAACAAUUAGAUGCAAAACAUUUGAAGUAAAGAUCUGUAGUGAAGUGGUAGUGUUAUACAUGUAUUAAGCGCGCGGGGCUUGACUCCACACAGGAUGAAUGGGGAGCACGGUGAUGGGCCGCAAGGGAUCAUUCGAGCUUAGAAGCUAAGAGGAAGCACUAGUGCACACGUCUACACUAACAACACAAUCCCACACGAAACACUCCUUCUCGAGAACGUUCGAGUGUGUCUAGGCGUGAUGCCUAGUGCUUGAUCUUUAAGAGAAUAAAAUCAUUAGUAAUUAACGUGGUGAUGAAUGAGAUAAUAAUGUAAUGUAAUCGACUGCGUGAUGCCAGCGGACACGAGCGCGGGAGACGUUGUGGCGACAACGUUGACUAGCGGAUGUUAUAUUGUCCAUUUUAGGUUAACAAACACUGGAAUUGAUAUUUAGAUAUAUAUUUAUUUAGAUAUUUUUAACGUUUAUAUAGGUACCUAAUUAUGUUAAAUAGUAGCAAUAAUAAAGUGAUGAUCGACUCACAUCAUCCUUCGUCACAAUUUUAUCACUACAAUCUCAUAUCAACAUUGUAGUGAUAACUCGGCAUUAUCACGCGACCGAGUUAUGAAGUCGUUGCCUUGCGCCGCAUCACGUACCCGUCUAGCAAUAACAUACUGCCAUUUUAACGUUUACGUAUAGUAAACACUGCCGAGGUUCGUCUGUUGAUGUUUAGUUGUUAGUACAUUGAAUAGAUUUAGUUGUAAACGUCUGCCAAUGACGUGGUUACUCUCGAUCACUGCCUAUAAUGAUGAUUAUAUACAUGUCGUUACCAGAUAUUAGCACUUAUUUACAAACGUUAUGCAAUGACGUGUCUAACGCACAAAGCCAAAGCGACGGAAGCAGCAGCGGAAUGUUGGUAGGCACUACGUCGUAGAUUAUAAUUGCUUCGACAAGUAGUGGCGUUGUACUAUUGCACGGAACUGCUGCUUUCCUGUCGCCAAACUAGAUCCGACCUCGCGAUACCUGACUUGACACCAUGUUGUCAAGUUAAUCACUACUGAAUUACGUAAAUACUCGUUGGAAGAUAACAAUCAGGAGUAAGAACUGCAACGAACAAAGCAACUCCUGUGUACCGAUCUGAUGUAUUGAUAAGAACUUCUCUUAUUGACUGUAUGUACACUGAUGUCCAUCCCUACUUGUGAGCCCAGAGACGAGUAUGUCUGGCUAGGCAAUGUCACAGUACAUCCGUGAAGGAUACGCUUUCUAUACUCUGACUUCCUUCGUUACGCUGUUAUAUUAAGACUUGUUCGCGCUGCAAAGUGUUGAGACGUUGCGUCGUUAUGAAUCACAUCGAUCAAACGAUUAUUUAACUUUUCGAAUAGUUGUUAAGUAGGAAUCGAAGAAGACUGGAUAUAAAGGUGUGAACGAUAUUUUGAAUGGUCGGACUUAGAAAGUAUUUACAUGCUUAGGUAAGUCGCACACACCUUUCACACACUAUACGCAGUAGGGUUAGUGAUAGACGCCCCACGUACAAUCGAAUAUUCUUGUCACCGCUACCUGAUACGAUAUCGCCGGGAGACGUACACCCCGACUACUGUUCACUCUCACGGACAUUACAUACUACUUAGAGUUUGACGUCUACAGUAAUAUUACACUAUAUUACUCGCAAUCGAUGAUCGUUCAAUGUUUAUAGCGAUAAUCGUGUAUUGUAUCAAUCAUUCCAGUAUAAUCGACAUAUUUAUAGAUGUUAGCUUCCCUAUGGUUCGAGUCACCUUCAACGUAAUAUAUGUAUUUACAUUGUUGUGCUCAGUUUUGUAACAUACCCCUAAUAUUGGCUGCCACAAGAAAUGAGUUGAUGUCGACACUAAUUGUUUGGAAAUUAUUGAUGCAUAGGGGCCAACACUUGAGUUCGUUCUGUUUGUAUAUGAUUAGGUUAUAUUUCAUUAUAUCGUGUUUUACGUGAUUCCCAGGUAGUUGAUAAGGAUUAUAAUAUUAUCAUGAAAUGCUUAAAGAAAUCAGCUUUGGAUGUUAUAAUAUUAGUAUGUAAGAAGUCAAGUAAUGUACUGUAUUGUUUGCGAAGUUAUGCUAUGCUACUGAGGAAUAAGAGAAAGAAAACAACGACAAAAGUUGGAAGUAGGUACUGGAACUGCGCUGACGCAUAUUGCUUGCCGCGGGCGGCGGCGGCGGGGCGCGGGGCGGCGCGAGGCCCGUGCAGUGGCGGCGUCCCCAGCCGCCUCGCGCCCUCUAUACCAUGUCAGCAGCCAUCGCCCGCUGGUGGAAUUGCUUUUAGACAGGAGCUACCCACGCUUCGUUAUCGCUAUCUAGUUACUACUCAAUUAAUUUAAACUGUACUAUGAUUUAGAUUGAAUAUACUUUGAGAGACGGCACUCUCGCCGACAAAUCGUUUGUGAUUGCGCAUUAUUGUGUUACGUUCUCUGCUUGACUAAACAUUAUGUAAACGAUACUUAAUCAUAAUAAAAUGUGUAGUUUCACUUCCACGAUAUUAUACGGUCGUGGCUAACAUGAUCUGUACUAGUAUAUAUUUUAGUAUUUACGAAAAGUACUUUUGCUAUUCUAUUUCGACCAAAAAACUUUUAAUUUCUUCGAGUGUUGCGACACUUAGGUAUUAUAGUUUUGUAACAGUCGUCGUAUGUAUAUAUUCGCAAUCGAAUCCUAAGUUUUGUAUAUAAUAUUAACGUUUAAAAUCACUGUAACUUGACCAUUAAAUGUCAAUAAAAUAUGCUUGUGGUUUUCUGCUUUUAGUCCCGCAUGCUUGUUUAUGUUUCGUUCUGUUUAUGAGUUGGUGGCCAGCUUCGCUACCUGGCGCUACUAGAGAUGACACUGUGCCUACCGCUGUAGUAUACUAACACGACUUACUAACCAACUAACAUAGUCUAACGACACCUAGCUAGAGCAAGCUCUCAUUUACUGCAUAGUGUAUCCAUAGAAAAUAUAUACAAUACUUACUAUAAUAAUUAUUAUCUAAUUCAAAUAAAUACUUAUUAGAAUCAUGGCAAAUUACACGAAUUGUCCAAUUACAUGAUGUUGAAACAUAACUUUGAGUUGUUUUGCCCCUUUUAUUUUUUUAAUUUUUUACGAGUACUUUCUUCUUAAAUGCAUUAAUAAACUAAAUAAGUAAUGAAAUAAUUAAAAUCCUUUUUACGAGGUUCCCUUGAAAUACUAC